CAGUCCACAUGUUUUCUCUUCAAUUGAAAGUGAAAUAGUUCGGAUAUGUCAGCAUCAGCGUCAAUCCUGUCUGACAUCCAGACGGUGCAGUUGGCGCUCCAAGUGGUCUCGACCUUGCAGCUGACUACAUGGAGGUUUCCAACAGCUUGCAGCCCAAGUAAUGGCAGUGCCUUUGACUUCAUAGUAGUGGGCGCGGGGUCUGCAGGAUCAGUCCUGGCAAACAGAUUAUCAGCUAACAGUGACGUCAGCGUUCUACUGUUAGAAGCUGGUGGACCACCACCACUAGAAUCUCAGCUGGCUGGACUAUUCCCUAUCAUACCAAGUACUCCUUACGACUACAACUUAACGUCAGUGAACGACAACUACACGGCACAGAACUUACAAGGUCACCACGUUGGUCUCACGCAAGGCAAGAUGCUAGGAGGCAGUAGUUCUCUUAACCAUCUGAUCUACGUUCAAGGUCAUCCACAUGACUUCAACCAAUGGGCGAAGAUACUAAACGAUCCCCUCUGGAACUUCAAUAACUUAGAACAAUACUUCAAAAAUGUAGAGAACUUGGUUGAUAAAGAAUUACUAGCAACACUAUCUAAGGAUAAACAUGGAACUAAGGGACCCGUUAAAAUAGCAAGAGACUCGAGCCCUGAUAACCAAAAUAUCUUGGCUGCUUUUGAAGAAUUAGGGCAUCAAAUUUUCGAUGAUUUAAGUGCGCCAAAUUUGCUUGGAUAUACCGAACCUUUAUACAACAAUGUUGAUGGCCUUCGUCAAAGCACUGCAGUCACGUACCUCAGUGAAGCAAAAGCACGUAAAAACUUAUGCGUAGCUACAUAUAAAACGGCAACUAAAAUUAUAAUAGAAAACAAAAAGGCCAUCGGUGUUCAGGUUAUUGAUUCAAAUGGUGAUAGCCAAGUAUUUUUUGCGAAUAAAGAAGUCAUAGUGUCUGCAGGUGCAUUCAACAGUCCCAAACUUCUGAUGUCAUCUGGUAUUGGGCCUCAAGAUCAUCUUAACUCUCUAGGUAUUGAUGUGGUUACUAAUCUUCCUGUAGGAAAGAACUUGCAGGAUCAUCCAACAACAAUCCUGCUUUAUCAGAUGGAAAAUAACACAUCACCUCUCCCAGCUGCCAAUCCUUCUCAAUUGCCUCCCAUGACAGUUGGUCAUGUAGCUCUGAACUCUCAAACUUAUCCAGAUUAUCAAGCUAUAACUCUUUUAUUCCCUCACGAUUCAGAUGCAUUAAUCCAACUAUGUUCAAACGUGUUUAAAUUCUCAAAUGAUUUUUGCGACGCAGCAUACAACGCAAAUAUUGGCAGGAGUGUUUUGUUCGUCAUUAUUGAUCUGUUAAUGCCAAAAUCACGAGGAGAAGUGUUAUUAGCUAGUGAUAAUCCAAAAGAUGAUCCUUUGGUAUAUACUAGAACUUACAACGAAACAGAAGAUUUGAGAUUAAUGGCAAAAAGUUUAGAAGACUUCAAUAGAGUGUUGGAGACGACAUACUUUAACAGUAUUGAUGCUAAACUGGUUGAUACUGGAUAUUGCAAAGAUGUACCUGCCGAUGAUUUUUGGAAAUGUUAUGCAGUAGCUACGUCUUCUAGUCUUUGGCACUACGUAGGAACUUGUGCGAUGGGUUCUGUGCUUGACAGUAGGUUGAAAGUAAAGGGGGUAGAUGGUCUAAGGGUAGUAGAUUCUUCGACUUUCCCAACAGAAGUGAGUGCUAACCCUAAUGCUGCGGUGAUGAUGGUGGCUGAAAGAGCUGCUGACUUUAUUCUCGAUGCAUGGAAUAUAUGUGUUUAAUGGAAAAUUCUAGAAUAUGGUUACGUUCAACAAAAAAAUGAGAAUGAUGGUAAAGGUAUUCAGCUUUUAGUAAAGAUUUCAGGCAUGUAAUUUCGACAAAAGAAUAGGAAUGAUGCUAUGGCAAUUGUGUUUGGCUUUUAAUAAAAAUUAAACAUUUUUUUUUUAUUUAACACUAAUAAGUUUUGUUAAGCGACAUUAUUAUCAAUAUUUUAAAAGCAUUGUGAUAAAAUUAGUAAAAAAUUAAAACAAGGAAAUCAAUAAUUUUGUUACCUUCUUACUACCUGUGUUCACAGCGGUCUCUUGCAGAAAGAAAAGAAAAUAAUUUGGUUGGAAUUUGUUUUAUACUAAUGCCAAUGGCAUUGGUAUAAACACGUGUUACAUGUGUUUGUGAAAUAAACAAAGAAAUUGACAAAAAUACUUUAAACUUAAUUAUGCACUAUGUACAAACCGCAAAUGACACAUGCUUAAUAUAAUAAAUGUGAAAAUAACUCUAUCUGCAUAUGUACUGCUUUCACGGAAAAACUGAAUCGAUAAAAAUAAAAUUUGGUACGUACAGAUAGUCUA